GACCAGAAACUGAACUGGGCUAGCCAUAUAAAUACUGUGGCCACAAGAGGAGGUAACAGGCUAAGUAUCCUGGUGGCUAAGUAUCCUGCAAUCACCUCCUGACUGCACAAAGCCUGUCCAAGAUACAAAUCAUGAAUGUGGUGGAGUAGUUCCAAUUUUCCUGGUCAAGUACAGCUCCACCAACAUUCAAAAAGUUUAAGACCAUCCAGGUCAAAGCAGCCUGCUUGAUUGGCACCACAUUGACAAACAUUCACUCCCUCCACCGCUGAUGCACAUUAGUAGCAGUGUACACCUCAGAAAUUCACCAAACUUCCUUUGACGGCAUCCUACCAUUUGAAAGGACAAGGCCAGCAGGUACAUGGAAACACCAUCACCUACAAGUUCAUUUCUGAGGCACUCACUCAUCAUAUCCCUUCAGUGUUGCUGGUUCAAAUCCCAGAACUUCCUCCCUAAAGGCAUUAUGGUUCUACCUACACCAGAUGGACUGCAGUGGUUCAGAAGGCAAUUUUGCCCCCACACCUUCUGGAUGAGCAAUAAAUACUGGCUCAGCCAGAGACACCAACCUCCCCAAAUUAAUUUUUUAAAUGCUCUGACUGAUUAUUUUGUAAUUUUCUAAAUGUCCUGUUAUUACCUCCUUAAUGAUAGAUUCCAACAAAUAACAGUUGUUAGGCAAACUGGCCACACAGUCCCUGCUCUUUGAUUCAGUACUUUCCUGAAUAAAAGAGUUGAAUUAUUUCUAAAGCUUCCAAUAUUUUCUCAAGAAAUGAUCACCUUUCAAAUGUGAGUUCUGAUACUGUCUCUGCCUCUGCAUUGAGCAAACCUUCACCCUCUCCCCUUACCCUCUCUCUUCUGUCCUUGCUAAUAACAGGAAAUAGAUACCUUCCAAUCACAAUACAUAAUAUGAACCAAUCUACAAAAAUAUGUCUACAAAAAACAAACUUUUUAAGAAUUUGAACAGAGCUGAAAUCACUCUUUAUAAAUAAGCCAUGCUUCUGUUCCGCAGAGAGUUCCUAUUUUUAUUUCUCAGCUGUAGAACCUCCAUCUCUGAGCUGGUUCGACCUUAUGUGGUAGAUAUAAAUAUAAUUUUAAGAUCUCAUAUCUAAAUAUAGUGGUGUAAUGUGUCAGGCACUGUAACAACCAAUAAUGGUAAAAGGUUGGGUUUAUUAGUGAUGUUCUUGCUCCAAAAACCUUAACAUUCACAAGUAUUAAACUUGAAGUACAAUCAAAAUAUUCACAGCAAUACAUUAUUUUCUAUAAUGCUUUUAAAGUCAAAAGCUGCUGUGCAGUUGAUUUACAAAACAUUACUCGAGUGAACUUCAUUCUGUCCAAUUUGACAGCAAUUUGGAAAACAAGUUUUUAAGAGUAUUCUAGAUGAUGUAUUUUAAAUACUUUGCUAGCUUUCUCAGGCCUUCUGCCUAUUAAAAAAAGAGACACAAUUAAUAGUGAUCAAAUUAUCAGCUGCCAAAUAGGAUCUUAGUUCAGAGUGACAGACAAUUCCAUGUGGAGAAGCACUAGGGCAGCCAGAUCAUGUAACGUCAGCCUUGAAUGCAUUGCAAGGAGUCAACUCCGAGUGAAAGGAAAGGAAAGGACAACGUGAACUUACGGGUAACUUGGAUCAGAGCUUCAUCAUUCACAGUGAAAAUGUUAUUUAAACAACUCUUCUGGCUGGUGGCUUUGGUUGGGCUCGGGCACUUUGAUGAAACAACUGUGGAACCGGAUGACACCGAAGCUGAACUUAUCACUGAGACAAGCGAAGUUGAACCUAUCACUGAAAUAAGCGAACCUGAAGCUCCAGAAACCACUCCACAAGAAUCGCCCAAAAUAAUUCAUGGCUGCCCAAACUGGAUGGCAGGAAUACCUGGCAGUCCUGGACAUAAUGGCUUUCCUGGUAAACCAGGCAGAGAUGGUCGUGAUGGUGCAAAAGGAGAAAAAGGGGAAACAGGAUUGCCAGGAGCAAAGGGUGAUGAAGGCCAGCCUGGGGAACCAGGUGUGGAUGGAGAACAGGGGCUUCCUGGCCUGCCAGGACACAAAGGAGAAAAGGGAGACAGUGGUUAUUAUUACCGCUCAGCAUUCAGUGUGGGACUGACCACAAGAAAUCCUGUCCCAAACAUCCCCAUCAAAUUCUCCAAAAUCUUUUACAAUGAUCAAAAACACUACAACGAAGAGACUGGCAAAUUCAGCUGUCCAUAUUCAGGGGUGUAUUUCUUUUCAUAUCACAUUACUGUUUAUACUAAGGAUGUCAAGGUUGGCCUGUACAAAAACAACAAGGUUAUAAUUUUUACUUAUGAUCAAUUUCAGAAUAAUAAUGUAGACCAAGCUGGAGGUUCUGUUGCAGUACAUUUGGAUGAGGGGGAUGAAGUGUGGUUACAAGUUUAUGGAGACAAUACAUUUAAUGGGAUUUAUGCUGACAACAAUAAUGAUUCCACGUUUACAGGAUUCCUUCUGUAUCCAGACUUGCAUUAAAUAACUUUUAUCACAACACUCUGAAUCCCAUAUCAGAACCUGUAAACACAUUAUGUUAGGUUUGUCACGAAUGAUGAUUUCUUCCAAUUACGAGCUGAUAACACUAACCAGAUAGCAAAUAGUAGUUAAACAAUUUGCUUGUUAUGGAUCAGUAAUCUCCAUAAUUAUGUUCUAUAAACAGUUUUCAUAUUUCCCUAUAAGAUUGUCAAUGAAUAACUGAAUAAAUCAGACAUUUAAAUAUGUGUUUUUUAAUCAGUCAAUUCUGUGCAUGAUGUUACAAACUGAGUUUUAGCUGUGUAUCAUUAGCACAGUAUAAGUGGUAACAUGAACUGUAAGGCAGUCACAUUUCAGGGAUUAUUACAUAUAUGUACAGUAAAGAUGGAAACUGCAGCUGUAUUUCAUCUAUUAAUAGACAUCGUUGUAAUGUUAACUAUGACUAAAAGACAUUAAAUAUUCAAGAUGGUCCUGUCUCACACUAUGAAUUUACCUCAGGAUUUCAUUUUAAUACUUACUGAAUUGGUCACGGUCAGUGAACAUUUUGAAGUUUUAUGAAAUAAUGAACUGUAAUAAAAAAUUGUGUUUGUGUUAUC